ACAGUACAAGUCCCAUUGUGUCAUGUUUCCUACUAAUGUCCCUAGGGACCUUUUAAAGUUAACUACUAAAGAUGGUGGUGAUCAGAAAGAUGAAGCAAUACAAUGGUUUAAUAAGGUCUUUCCACAAACACAGCUGCCAUCUUGGCCUAAAGAGUUUAAACCUAUUGAGAUUCUUCAGGGUCCAGGUGAGACAGUGUUCGUACCAGGCGGAUGGUGGCAUGUUGUAGUCAACUUAGACACAACAAUUGCUGUAACACAGAACUUCUGCUCAGUGACUAACUUCCCUAUUGUGUGGCACAAGACUGUCAGGUAUGAUCAGGGGAGAAAUGAAAUGAUGAAAUGAAUAGUUGGAAAUAUAUGAAAUAAGUGUA